AUGAUGCAAUGACCACUCUAACUAGUUCCCAGGGUCCUAUCGGUGGGUUGUUGUAGAGGAGAGAGCUGGGCCCCACUCGUCCAAAACUAAAAUGGCCGCGUUUGGUCGAUCUUCUGCUUAACUUUCACUGUUCUCGCAUUAUUUGUUGCUGAAACUUCAACGGAUGGGUAAGUCAACGGAAGAAAAGCUCUUCUAUUAUAUUAAGACAGGGAAACUACAUCGUGUCCGAUCUCUCUUCAAGAAAUACGAGCCAUCCCAUUUAACUGCCCUCGUUGAUCGUAAAGGAAGAACUCCUUUGCACGCUUGUUGCCUUCUCGGUGAUGAUGCUAUUAUGAGGCUGCUAUUAAAAAAAGGAGCCGACGUACGAGUUCAAGACAGCGAUGGGAAUACGCCUAUUCACUUUGCUUUAAAAUACGCAAUACAGACAGUGAAAUUCCACGCAUUCGACGACCUAAUUGUGCCUUUGCUGAAGGCAUGUACAUGUAGAGGCCAUGUUUUUGACAUAGAAAAUAACGAGGGGAAAACACCAAGGGAAUACCUGACUGUGUUAAAAAGAACGUUUGCCCAGCGAAGGGAGGAAGAGGAAGCUGAAAGAAAACAACGGUGGCGAAAGGAGGACAAAGAGAUGUCAGAAAAGAAGGAGAACUUAGAGUGGGAAAGCAAACUGCGGUUUGAAGCAAGCCAAGAGGAUUACAGUAUUUAUAGCCAAGAUGAUUAUCUUGAAAACACACAGGAGUCUUAUGAUGAGUGGGUGGAGAGAAUCGCGCGUGAAAGAAGACGAAAGACUGAAUCAAGUAAGCACCAGAAACCAGACACAAACAAGCGACAGGAGCAGCAAGAACAAAAGGCAAAAGAGCGAACCAAGGAACUUGAGAAGGAACAUGAAGCUUACAUAACACGGAUAUCUAUCCAACGUCAGAAAUUGAAACUUACGUCAUCACUAACGGACUAUGAAAAGCAUUGUCGAGAAAUAUUCCACAGUAAUACAAUGUCAACACUUAAAUUUGUGGAUUUACCUUGGCCUUUUGAGGGUGACACUAAACAAAUGAUUGACCUUCUUGUCAAGUGGUCAGAACUGAAGUCAAAAGAAGAACGAAAGAAAUUUCUGAAAGACCAGCAAGUAAGAUGGCACCCAGACAAGUUUCUACAGAAAUGUGGCAACAGACUUGAUGAAGAGGACAGAGAAAAAAUUAUCGAACAAGUAAAGGAACUUUCUCAAGAAAUUAAUGCAAUAUUAGAGGGUGAAUUUUGAUGUUUUGACUAAUGUAAAAUACGACUUAUAAAAUAAAACCCCUUUAAACUCUGGCAUGUAGUACUCUGUUCCAGGAGCCAAAACUACAGACUUUAGAGAAAUCUCCGACUACUCAAAAAGUUUAAGAAACCCUGUUUACCCUGGAAAUACAUGCCUCUUUUUGCUCCCAGCCACGUAGAGCUUCAAUCACACAGCCUGCAUGAGAGUGAGUUAAGUGUCUAUUCCAAUCAUGGGUUACCAGGAUUAAUUCCAUACCAGUUGGUAUAAUUUCAAUUAGGUUGUAGCUCUGUGUUGAUUGAGAUGGUUCUAGGGCAAACAAGUCAUCUGAUCUGACAAGUUAAUGGUGCUUGCGGAGAUUUCCGUUUGAUGUGAAACUUACACCAACCAGUAUGGUGUAAAUGACGAAUGGUGAUUGGUCUGAAAUCAGUGUCUUGGUAGACUGCAAUAAUUAUUGGUGUUUAUCAUCCAAUCCAAUAGACGAUAUUUGUAUUCUUGAUAUUGGACUGAAACUAGCUUGCAAUGGAUGCUGAUACAGGGGAAUGUCAUUAAAAAGAGA